AUUCCCAGCAGAUAUGAUACCUUUGAGGACCCUUCUGGGAUUAUAGAAAAGUUUCACUACGGCACACACUACAGCAAUGCUGCCAGAGUCAUGCACUAUUUGGUCAUGGUCGAGCCAUUUACAACUCUGCGCAUAGAGAUUCAGAGUGGCAAGUAAGUGCAUAGAGUGGUUUCUGGGGGAGGGGGGUGGAGGGGGUUUAAAAUGCUGCACAUAGAGCAUUGCAGUGUCAAGUAAGUGCAUAGAGAUACUGGUGGAUGCUGGGGUUGGAGAGCGGGGCAGGAGGCAGCCAAUUUAGUGCCCCCAUCCCUUGUUUUACUGACAUUGUUUUAAUAUGUUCAUGAAUUCACUGAGGCUACUUGUACAUUGGUUAACUUCACAGUACAUGUAUGUCACUUCCAUUUUUACAUGAUCAUUUGUUUAAAAAGACAUUGCAUCUGAAUACCUUUCUGAAAUCCAAUAAGCCAUUACUAGAUCAGAAUGUGUGAAAGAACAGGAUGUGUGAAAGAACAGGUUGUGUGAAAGAACAGGUUGUGUGAAAGAUCAGAAUGUGUGUAAGAACAAGUUGUGUGAAAGAACAGGUUGUGUGAAAGAACAGGAUGUGUGAAAGAACAGGUUGUGUGAAAGAACAGGAUGUGUGAAAGAACUAAUUCUGUGAAAGAACAGGAUUUGUGAAAGCUUGAAUGAAUAUAAAGGAUUGUCUAAUCAGAAGAUUUUUUGAACGUUUUGGCUGAAAUUCUUUAUCAACAGACAGCUUGUUAGACAAUGCACAUAAUUUUAUUUGAAGUUUCUUUUGUGUACAUCGCCUGUGUAAUGAUGCCACUUUUGUGUAAAUUGCAUGUACAAUAGUGCCACAAUCCCCAGGUUUGAUGUGGCCGACCGUCAGUUCCACUCAAUUUCAGGGAGCUUCUCCUCCCUGAUGGACAAAUCAAAUGAUAUCCAGGAACUCCUCCCAGAGUUGUUCUACUUCCCGAGUUUCUUGUCAACUUCAUUGGUAAGUCUUACUGUAAAUGCGGCAGUGCAAUCUGCAACACUGCUAAGUAAAUCUUAAAUGCAGUCUGCAACACUGCUGAGUAAAUCUUAUGCAGUCUGCAACACUGCCAAUACUGACAUGCUCAUCUUUAAUUGUAAUACUUUAUUUUAAAGACCUUUGCUUUAAAUCAGUCAUCAAAACCUGCAGUCUUUCUAGUGUUAAAUCUAUGCUAGUGUUUCUGUGGACAUUUAAUUUCAAUGUUUGACUAUCACAUUAAAAAAACACACUUUUUCUUGGCUUCAUCCAUGGCAAGAUUACAACUACGGCUGUAGAUGUGACAUUUUCUCAGGUACUAACGUAGCACAAACUAAUUGUUUGUAUCAUGUCCAGGUUUUGAUCUCGGAAGACUUCAGAUCACCAAAAAGUCUGUGGACGAUGUCAAGUUGCCUCCAUGGGCCAGCACACCGGAAGAGUUCAUUUAA